UCGGAUCAGAUUUUGUUAGCUAUUACCCAAACAGGUUUAAAUAUGUGGUUUGCUGUGUUGGUUUUGGUGAUUAUGCCACUGGUCGUGUUGCUGUACUUUGAACUGAGGGCAUCGCAACGUCGCCAACUGCUCAAGGAAUUCAAUGGACCCACACCAGUGCCCAUUUUGGGUAAUGCCAAUCGUAUUGGCAAAAAUCCGGCAGAAAUUCUGACUACCUUCUUUGAGUGGUGGCACGAUUUCGGUAAGGAUAACUUUCUCUUCUGGAUCGGAUAUAGUUCUCAUAUUGUGGUGACCAAUCCAAAGCAAUUGGAAUACAUUUUAAACAGCCAACAGCUCAUACAAAAGUCCACUAUUUACGACCUGCUGCACCCAUGGCUGGGUUAUGGCCUCCUAACGAGUUACGGAAGCAAAUGGCACAAGCACCGCAAGAUGAUCACCCCUUCCUUCCACUUCAACAUCCUGCAGGACUUCCACGAAGUAAUGAACGAGAACUCAACGAAGUUUAUGGCCCAGUUGAAGAAGGCGAGUGCCGGAGAUUGUAUCAUUGACUUCCAGGAUCAUGCCAAUUAUCUAACUUUGGAUGUCAUUUGCGACACGGCUAUGGGAGUGCCCAUCAAUGCCAUGCAGGAGCGCGACUCCUCCAUUGUUCAGGCCUUUAGAGAUAUGUGCUACAAUAUAAACAUGAGAGCAUUCCAUCCAUUCAAACGCUCUCAUCGGGUCUUUAGUCUCUCUCCUGAGUUUGCAGCUUAUCAGCGAACUUUGAAGACGCUGCAGGACUUUACCUAUGACAUUAUAGAAAAGCGAGUGGUGGCUCUACAGAAUGGAAAUUCUAAGAAAGAGGAACACAACUUAUUGCCCCGAAAGAAGAUGGCCUUCUUGGACACGCUGCUAUCCUCCACCAUCGAUGGUCGACCUCUCACUAGGCAAGAAAUCUACGAGGAGGUCUCAACAUUUAUGUUUGAAGGUCACGAUACGACCACCUCAGGAGUAUCUUUCUCUGUCUAUUUACUAUCGCGACACCAAGAUGUUCAGAUGAAACUGUAUCAAGAGCAGUGCGAGGUAAUGGGCGGUGAUAUGAACAGGAAUGCCAGUUUUCAGGAAAUUGCCAAAAUGAAAUAUCUAGAUCUGUUUAUCAAGGAGGCCCAGCGCGUCUAUCCCAGUGUUCCUUUUAUUGGUCGCUAUUGUGACAAGGACUACGAUAUUAAUGGCAGCUUUGUGCCCAAAGGCACCACUCUCAAUCUAGCUCUCGUCCUGCUGGGAUACAAUGAUCACAUCUUCAAGGACCCCCAUCAUUUUCGACCGGAGCGAUUUGAGGAGGAAAAACCAGGUCCUUUUGAGUACUUGCCGUUUAGUGCUGGACCCCGUAAUUGCAUUGGCCAAAAGUUUGCCCUCCUUGAACUGAAGACUGUGAUUUCAAAGAUUGUGAGGUCUUUUGAGGUGCUUCCAGCAGUCGAUGAAUUGGUCUCUACGGAUGGUCGACUGAACACCUACCUGGGACUUCCUCCCGGGGAGAAGCUACAGCGUGAGGCAGAACGUCAUAAAUAUGAUCCAAUUCUAUCGGCAGUUUUAACCUUAAAAUCCGAUAAUGGAUUGCAUCUUCGACUCAGGGAAAGGCGGUCCUGAUUAAGAAAUGUAUUUCUAAAAUUGUAAUUACUUCUUUGUUGUCUUUAAUAAAUCCCUUUCAUGUAUA